UUAAAAAAAAUUCAAUCCAUUUUAUUUUAUAUCCUGUGCAUAUAUACCAAAUACAGGUUUGUAUAUAUGAACCAUUUAAACGAAAAGCGAUAUUUAAGGUACAGUCCUCCCCUAAUAAUGCAAAUAAAUAAAUAAAUAAACAAAAUAAAACAAAAAAUCAGCCCAAAUUGCUUGUCAAAGGAAAAGAUCAUGCAACUCCAAAUGCUACUUGAGGAUGCAUUCUCUCAAUCAGACUAUAACCUUAUAUAAACAUGUACAGGAUAAAAUGUGCUAAAUUUGAGUAUUACAAGUUUAGAUUUAGCGCUGUUUUUUCCAUAAUACUCCACUUGAACCAGUUUCAGUCUAAUCUGAAAUGUUACACAUCUAAACCCACAUAUUUUAGCUACUACAAACCUCCGAAUGCAAAUAUGCCACCUAUAUUACGAAGCACUGCUAUAAUGAAGCAUUGUUUAAUUCAAAAUUGUGCAGUAAAGAACAUAAGCAGGCAUUUAAAUUCGUGUAUUAGAAGAAUCCACAGCGCUACGCUCUGCAUCGUCUGCCGACCAAUCAGCGGCGUCAGCGAUGAGAAAACGCGCUGCAGCGUUGAGCCCUCCCUGCGCUCUGAUUGGCCAGAUCCGCUGCCUGUUUAAUGCGUAUUGUUGUGACGCCUGGUCGCGGUGGAUCGAGCACCUUGCGGUGGAUUUACAGCCAUUGAGAAAAAGGGGGCUAUUUUUUUUUCUCCUGACCAUGGUGGAGUAACUGCUGAAAGCGGCUGGAUUUCUGGAGGAAAACCUCCUCGAUGGACAUCGGAGGGCAGAUGGUGAUUGGAGAAGCCCCGGUCUGAGGAGCUUUGUUGAGAUCUCGUCCCAACCAUGUUUGUCCCGGUUCUCGUGUUUGUGUGCCUGGGUUUGUCCGAGGCAGCGGCCACUGGACCAAAUCCAGGCUUCACCCCCACCCUGCCUCCACUGACCCCGGCCACAGCCACCUUCUCCUCCCGGGUGACCACCAUCGAGCUCCCCACCACAGACCCCACCACCCCUGGGGCGUUGGGGCGUCAGAAGGCAGGGCAGAGCCUGAUGUCUGAUAGAGCUCAGCCACAUGCCAUGGAGAAUGGCCAAGAGCUGGUGUGUAACUGCAGUGCCGAGGGGGCUUUAGACCCAGACGAGUGUGACCGUGACACGGGCCAGUGUGUGUGCAUGGUGGGCUACACGGGGCUGCAGUGUGAGGAGUGUGAAGAAGACCACUUCACUAACGGCACGGACGGCUGCCUGCCCUGCGGCUGCGAUUCAUUCGGCGCCGUCAGCCCACACUGUGACAGUUCGGGGACGUGUGUGUGUAAGACAGGAGUGUAUGGACCCAAGUGUGACGACUGCCACCCGGGAUUCUUCCACUUCAGCAGUAAAGGCUGUCAGCCGUGCCAGUGCAACCAGCACUCCACCUACUGCCACCCACAGUCCGGUGUGUGUUUGGACUGUCAGGACAACACUCAGGGUCAGAACUGUGAGGAGUGUGUGCCGCGGUUCUACAGAGCGCUGGGCAGCAGUGUGAAGGACGGCUGUGUGUCCUGCCCCUGCGCCGACCACAGCUCCACCGGCACCUGCCAUCUGGAUUCCAGCGGUCGGCCCGUGUGUGAUGAGUGCAAGGCUGGUUUCAGGGGGCCCACAUGUGACGUGUGUGUGGAUGGUUUUUAUAAAUCAGGCGAUGCGUGUGUGCCCUGUGACUGCAAUGGCAAUGCGGACCCCCGCUCUAUGCCCCAAAUAUGCCACCCGGAGAGUGGGCACUGCCUCCGCUGUGCCAACCACACCACAGGCACACACUGUGAGCUCUGUGCCCCUGGAUACAUGGGAGACGCCCGGGCCCACAACUGCACCUACAGAGCUGUGAGGCUCCUGGCAACCCUGGCUCCCAGGUCAUCUACUACCACCACCAGUACCACCACCCCCUCCUCCUCUUCUACUACUUCUCCUUUCCUUCUCUUCACCUCCUCUUCCCCCUCCACAGCCCCCUCGAGUGCUCCGACUCUGCAGUCUGGCCCGGGUGACCCUGCCUCCAACAACAACAGCACAGCCUCGGCCCUCACCGUGGUGUCCUGGACGCAGUUCAACAUCAUCGUCCUGGCCGUCAUCAUCGCAGUGGUGGUACUGCUCAUGGGCUUAGUGGGUGGGGUCUACACGUACCGCGAGUAUCGCAAUCGGAAGCUCAACGCACCCUUCUGGACCAUCGAGCUGAAGGAAGACAACAUCAGCUUCAGCAGCUACCACGACAGCAUCCCACAUGCUGACCCCAACGGCCUGCUGGAGGAAGAGCCUUGUGUCGUGGCUGCCAAUGGCCAACUGGCCCUAGCUACUGCUGCUAACAUGUACAAAGCAUGAAGGAAGGUAGGAGACGCCUCCCGAAGAUUCCCAAUGUGAGGAAAAGACACCACGUUUUCAACUAUGGUACCCUUGCUGGGAGCCGGCGCUAACAUCUCCGUCCAGUGGAUCACCUGCUUCUAAGGUUUUACCAUUCCUUUUUUGAUCUCUCCCACAGUGUGAGACCGAGAUUGUCAAUCUGAGGAAAAGUGAGGGUACCCUUGCAUCGGGAGCCAGUGCUAACAUCUCAGUCCAGUGGAUCACAUGCUUGUUUAUCGCUCCCUCUUCAAUAUCAGUGUUUUCUCUUAGAGUACAAGAUGGUGGGAGGUGUCUCCUGGGAAUUCCCAAUCUGAGGAAAGUAUACUUUGCAUUUUCAAAGAAGGUCCCCUUGCACCAGAAGCCAAUGCUAACAUCUCAAUCCAGGGGAUCACUCGCUUGUAAGGUGUUACUGCUCCCUCUUCAAUAUUAGCGUCCUCUCCUACAGUGUGAGAUGCUGU